CGAUAACCUGGUUUGAAACUAAUCAAUUUACUUUAUUAAAAAUUGAAAUUGACAACGUUUGAAAUAAUUUAACCAAAAAUUCAAGUUUAAUCAUCAAAAGUAUGGAACAAAACUCAUCAAAUCUUCAAAACAAUUGGAAAAAGUUUUCAAACUUGAACUCAUCCAAUUCAACCUUGCCAUCAACAUCAACCAACAGCCAACAGCACAUCAAUUCAAGGACAAACGCAUCAACUCAAACAAAUAAUAAUGAAAUUGGCUCCUGUGCUCAUGGAUUAGAUGAGAAUGAAGCUAAGAAGAUUAAGGAAGAACUAGAAAGAGCACGAAUCCAAAAUUCCAAAAAAUCUUAUACAAAAUUAAAAUGUUUAAUUGCGUGAUUUAUGGUCGAUGACAUUGAAAUUUGUAAAAUAUUGUAUGUGAAUACUUUAUGUGGUUAUGACAAUGCAGGAAGUUUUAAUAAAUAAUUUAAUAAAUGUUUAAAAAUCUAUAAAAAUUGA